UCUUGUCCGGAUGUCUCGCGUUGUUUCCUGGUAACUUCACACCGGUGCGCCUGUCCUCAGCGAUGAGAAGAGGCUCGCGAAUCCCUCCGGGUAUCAGUGGAUCCUGUGCGGACGCAGCAGUGUGGAGCAGCAGCCAGGAUGAUCCCAGUGGGUGAAUUUAGAAACCUCGGCACAGAGCAGAACCAGAAGUAUCGGGUCCUGAAGCCGUGGUGGGAUGUUUUCUCUGAGUACCUGUGCGUUGCUAUGCUCAUGAUUGGAGUCUUUGGGUGCACCUUGCAGCUCACACAAGACAAAAUUUCAUGCCUGCCUAGUCACUUCACCAGCCCAACGCCUGAAGCCAUUGACUGCAGCCACAUCCGGACCUACAGGGAGAAUGAGACGUCAAAGCCCGCAGUGGCCAAACCUGCUAAGCCCAUCAUCCAGGAGGUGAUCGGUCGCAAGAACAACCUGGACAUCCACCAAUAUGUGUUUGUCAACCACCACUGCUAUGAGAGGUUUGUGCACUGGUUUGCAAAGUUCUUCCCAUACCUGGUUGUGAUCCAUACUAUGAUCUUCAUGGUUGCAAGCAGCUUCUGGUUCAAGUUCCCUGGGACGUCCUCUAAAAUAGAACUCUUUGUUACCAUCCUGGGGAAGUGUUUUGAUUCACCAUGGACCACGAGGGCCCUGAGUGAGGUUUCUGAGGAAAGAGGGGAGGAAAAACUAGUCAGCUGGAGAAGGAACACCAUGUCGAAAGAUAGCACAGAACGACGUACAGACAACGAGGAGACUGCAGGGCUUCUUCUUCGUUCCUCUUCUGUGAAGUCCAACCCAGAAAAGAAAGUUCCAGAGCCUCAGUCCACCCCUUCGGUGUUAGAUAAGAAGGAAGGUGAGCAGGCCAAAGCACUGUUUGAAAAGGUAAAGAAGUUCAGGACUCAUGUAGAGGAAGCAGACACCCUGCGGAUCAUGUAUGUUCUUCAGACAUCACUGAAAGUCUUCAAGUUCCUUUUAAUCAUCAUCUACACCACAGUUUUUGUACCAAACAUCGAGGUAGUGGUUCGCUGUUAUGUUUCUCCAGAGCUGACAGGGUUUGAUAUCUACUGCUGUAACCAUAACAAAGCCCAUAUUUUCUCCAAACUCGCCUACUGCUACAUCUGCUUCGUGGGAGUGUACGGAAUUCUUUGCAUCUAUACCCUCUACUGGCUGUUUCAUCGACCCCUGAAGGAGUACUCCUUCGAUCAAGUCAGAUUGGAGACAGGUAUUAACGACAUACCAGAUGUUAAGAAUGACUUUGCAUUCCUCCUGCACCUUGUGGACCAAUAUGAUGCCCUUUACUCCAAAAGGUUUGCAGUCUUCCUCUCUGAGGUGAGCGAGAGCCGUCUUCAUCAGCUCAACCUCAACCAUGAGUGGACUGCCAAAAAGCUACGUACUCGUCUUGCCAAGAAUGCCAGCAACCGGUUGGAGCUCCACUUGUUAAUGUUGCCAGGACUUCCUGACACAGUCUUUACGAUCCCUGAAGUGGAAUCGCUCAAACUGGAGCAGGUUAAAAAUGUUGUUAUCCCAGCAAGUGUGGCAAAACUAGACUCUCUGAAGGAGUUAUCACUGAUCUACUGCCCCACCAAGCUCCAACUUCCUGCCUUGAACCACCUCAAGGAACACUUAAAAGUCCUCCAUCUAGCUUUUGAAAGUCUAGAUGAGGUUCCAAUGUGGAUGUACACUCUGCAUGGGCUGGAGGAGUUAUAUCUGAAUGGUCCUUUAACAAAUGAGGUGUCUAAAAGUGCUUCUCUGGAAUCCCUUCGAGAGCUUAGAGCUCUGAGAGUCCUCACCCUCCAAUCCACCCUUGCUAAGAUUCCACCCAGUAUAGUGGAUGCUGCGUUGCAGCUGCAGAAGUUGAGCAUCCAUAAUGACGGCAUCAAGCUCCAAGCAUUCAGCACUCUGAAGAAGUUAACCAGCUUAGUCUCUUUAGAGUUAGUUGGCUGUGAGUUAGAGCGCAUUCCAAGUGCUAUCUUCAGCCUGAACAACAUGCAGGAACUGGACUUGAAGGAGAACAAACUCACCACUGUUGAGGAGAUCCUGAGCUUACAGCACUGCCGCCGUUUAGUGACCCUCAGACUGUGGCACAACAGAAUCACCUACAUCCCAGAUCACAUCAGUAAACUGCAUACUCUUGAGACCUUUGACGUGAGCUGGAACAAGCUGCGAAAGCUCCCCUCUCGCUUGUUUCAUUGCACCACAAUCAGGCACCUGGACGUCUCCCACAACCAGCUCACUUCUCUUCCUUUGGAGAUCGGCAUCCUCCAGAGUCUUCAGUUUUUCUCCGCUGCUUUUAACUCUUUGGAGACACUGCCAGAGGAGCUGUUCUCCUGUAAAAGGCUAAAGACGCUGGUUCUUGGAAACAACUGCCUGUCUUAUCUCAGCUCCAGAGUGUCCAACCUCGCCCAGCUGGUCCGCCUGGAGCUUAAAGGGAACCGUCUGGAGUCUCUGCCUCAUGAGAUCGGGGAUUGUCCCAUGCUCACUAUCAAUGGACUAAUCGUAGACGACAGCCUACUGGAUCCACUGCCGCUAGAUGUACGAAGCAAGCUGAGCAAUAGCUGAGUCUAUAUAGCUCUCAUUGACUCUGAAUCUCUUCUCAGUGGAGCAUGGAGGUCAGUGAUGGUCUGACUCACGUGGAGAGGAGAAUUUAAAGGGAACUAAUCCAUUCCACUGGGUGGAAUUCUUUUCAUAGAAACAGGUCCAAAAUUGAAACCAAGUUGUAUUAAAAAAAUCUGAAAUCAUGAAAUAUGUGUUGACAUAUUUUAGUGAUUGAAAAAUCAACUUAUGCAGUUUUUUUUAUGUAUUUUCUUUACAAAGAAAUGUUUGUUUUUUUAAUAAAUAUUUUACAAGGUUA